AUGCAACCAGAAACUAGGAAGGGCUGGGGGCUGCAGAGUCCAAACCACCUGGUCACCACCCCCAACCACCACCGCCCAGAGCUGUGCCUCGGCCACCACCCAGGAAACCUGGUGCUACAGGAGAAAAGGACCACCUGCAAGAAAGGCGAGCUGGACAGGCGGUCUGCCCCUGAUGCCCACGUGGCAGCAGAGGGCAAGGGGCUCCAGAUCCCCGCCCUUGGCAGCGGGAGCCCCACCCUUGGCAGCGGGAGCCGCGCCCUGGGCAGCGGGAGCCCCGCCCUGGGCAGCGGGAGCCCCGGGCUGGGCCUGCGGCUCAGGAAGCAGGUUCUGAUCGCCAGGGUCCUAGCGGCUCAGCAGGCGCAUCGUGACCUUACCCAUCUUCGGAAGGCACCGCUUCCCACCGACGACACGCUAGAACCCUCUGAAGACUCAUUUGAGACGAUGAUGGAGCCUAACAAUCCAUCAUCAAAACAAAUGGAGUCCUCCGAGGGCUCAUGCGGCAGCACCGUGGGGGCGUCUGGCAGCGAAGCACAGCAGGUGAUGGCCCGCGCAGUGGCCCAGGCCCUGGCCCCAGCAAGGAAGGAGCCGGUCAGUGGCCCUCAGGAGGAGCCGGAAGAGCUGCCCACUGAUCUUCUCCAAGACAUGGAGGAGCCAUCCAGUGGCCCACGUAAGGAAAUAGAGGAUCCACCCAAUGACCUACUCCAAGACGUGGAGGAGUCAUGCAAUGGUUCACGCCAGGGGGAUCCACGCAAUCAGUCAUCUGAGAGGAUGGAAGAAGCAUCAGUAAACCUGACUGGAGUGCAGGCAGGGCCAAGGGGCAACAGUGACACCAACCUGGAAGUGGCAGGAGAGGAGAAUCUUGAGGACGAAGGCCAAGACGAAGGUGGCCCUGGGGGAGCGAUGUCUGUGAUACGGUCCAUCAUCUCACUCUACUUGCGGAUGCAAGACCUCACUGAGCAACAAAGAGUGGCAGAAGAGAUCCUGGUGAGAGGAAUGGCAGCGGGCAGCCUGCCCAGCCCCCGGCGCUUCUCGGGUGACCGCAGGGAAUACCACGAGUUCAUCGUGCUCUGCCAGCUCAUCCUGCAGAGCUGCCCACGCAUGUUCUGCAGUGACCAGCAACGUGUGCAUUUUGUGCUCAGCCACCUCUCUGGUAUGGCCUUACAGUGGGCCAAGACCCUACUGGAGCAAAACAGCCCCCUGAUGAGCAACUUCCCGGCCUUCCUGGAGGCCAUGUCAGAAGUAUUCGAGUACCGCCAAUCCCUGCGUGUGGCAGAAGACGCCAUGUUCAACAUCAGGCAGGGGCAGCGCUCAGCCACCGACUACAUCACCGAGUUCCAGAGCUUGGUACCCAUCCUGCGCUGGCCGGAUGAAGUCCUGCAGGCCCACCUGUGCCAGGGGCUGAAUGAAGACAUCCGGCAUUACCUGUUCCGGGUUCCCCAGCCAGACUCCCUGGACAGUCUGGUCGUGCUCAUCCUGCAGAUAGAAGAAAAGCUGGCCGAGCGCAGAGCGGUGCUGAGGCUGCCCCCCGAGGCCCGCCCACGCAACCUGACCUGGAUCGACUCACCUGCCCCAGAGAGGUGGAUGGUGAGCAGCUGGCUGCCCAGCGAAGUCCACCCCGCUAUCCACCGAGCUCACCUCUUCCUGCUGCUCAUGGUGCGCGUGAACCCCUACCACAGCGUGGCGGUCCAGGCCCUCGUGGACUCGGGGGCGGAAGGCAACUUCAUGGAUGAGAAGUUCGCACAGGAGCACUACGUGGAGCUGUACGAGAAGCCCUACCCGCAGUCUGUGCAGUGCGCCGACGGCUCGCUCAUCGGCGACGAGCCCGUCUGGCUGUACACCGAGCCCCUGAUCUGCAUCCACCAGAACCACCAGGAGUCCAUCCAGUUCGACAUCCUACCUUCGCCCAACUUCUCGGUGGUCCUGGGCAUCCACUGGCUCCGCAUCCACGCCCCAGACAUCGACUGGAUCCAAGGCCGCUGCACCUUCCACUCCCCCUACUGUCUGCAGAAUUGCUUCCGCCCACCCCCGCCAUGCAUUGCCCUCGAGCGGCACGGCAUGAGCCUGCUGCCCGGCCUGCCAUCCCCAUACUCCGACCUGGCCGACGUGUUUAACCCGAGGGAAGCAGAUGAGGAGACUUCCGACCAGCCAAGCUCAGACGGAUCCGAUGAUCUUUCUGAACCAGAGCCCUCUGAGCUUCAGCAGGCUGGAGACAGUGAUCGCAGCGGCCCCUUCCACGGGUGUCCAUCCGCCGCGCCACGGGAGCCUGUGGGGGCUAGGGUGUGGGAGCAAGCCAGGCAGCGGCACGAGUGCUGGGCCCUGCGCAACAUGCUGACCGACAGGCAAGACUACAUUCAGCUCAUCCCGGAGCUGUUUGACCAGCUGCACGGGGCCGUGUGGUUCACGAGGCUGGAGCUGCGGGGCAGCGUGGUGGAGGACAGCGUGAGCCCACCCCGCCUUGAGGACGUGUGGAGAGCAGCCUUCGGCCUGGAGCUUCAAGACGCCAAGAGCUACCAGCCCUUCCCACUCUCCCCAGACCCCAUUAUCCCCCAGAGGGCGAUUCACUUCAUCCUCAAGGACAUGCUAGGCUCCCUCGUGCUCUCCUCUGGCCGGGAGGUCCUGGUCUUCUCCAUGAGCCAAGAGGAGCACCUGCAGCACGUGCGCCAGGUGCUGCUCCGCUUCCGGCACCACCAUGUCUACUGCUCGCUGGACAGGAGCCAGUUCCACCGGCACACGGCCGAAUUCCUGGGCUUCGUGCUGACCCCCAAAGGGGUGAGGCUCAACAAGCACACGGUGAGCGCCAUCACUGACUACCCGCAGCCCACCUCCCGGAGAGGCCUCCAUGGCUUCCUCAAGCUCGUGCUCCCGUACCGGCACUUCGUGGAGCGCUUCUCGGUCAUCGCCGAGCCGCUGGUGCAGCAGCUGCUGGCCGAUGCCUACGACCACCACAACGCCCUGUACUGGGGUGAGGCCGAGCAGGAAGCGUUCGAUGGCCUGCGGAGGGCGUUCCGCCGGGCACCCCUGCUGCAUCACCCCAAACCCCAGCACCAGUUCUACUUGCAGACGGGCGCCACCAGCACCGUGCUGCACGCCUCCCUCAUCCAAAUCGACGACCAAACCGGCAAGAGAGUGCCCUGCGCUUUCUACUCGCGCCCCAUGUCCCCCCUCGAGCUGGGGGCCUCGGCCGUGGAGAUGAGGCUCCUUCCGAUCCGGGCUGCCUUCGUGGUGUGGUGCCGCUACCUGGAGAACACCGAGGAGCCCAUCAUGAUCCUGCUCAACACAGAGGAUCUCGCCUCUCUGAAUAAUGACAGGCUCACCGUACUUCUCCCGGGGCAUUGGGUCUUUUUCUUCUCCCACUUUCACUUCGACGUCAUGGAGCAGCCUGAACAGGACGGCGAAGGCCAGUCCCAGCUGACCCCACCCGGCUGCAACCCCCGGGGCUCACGCUCCCCACGCUCCCUGCUGCUAUUUGCCGCCAGGAGGUCCCGAAGGGGCCCCUCGGGCAAUGGCGAGGAUGCCCACGACACCGACGACGAAGAUGAAGACAUGCCUGACCCUGAGGAUGAAGCCACUGAGCAGAACCUGGCACGCGAGCUGCUGGCCCUGAUCCCCGCCCACCAGAUCCUCCACAGCUUCCUGGCCCACUUCAGCAUGGCUCAGAUCAGGGCGGUGGUCCUGCACUUCUUCCGAGGUCUGCUGUACUGGAAGAGCGUGCUUGGCCUGGCCGCCAUGCUCGUGCUGUUGAGGGCCCGUCGUCGCCGCCUCUGCCUGCCGCCCGCACCGCCACCCACACCGCCGCCAUCGCCCUCGGCCUCUGCGCCCCAGAGACACUCCCUGCGUCUCAUCCUGGACUCCUCCCUCCUUGCCGGCAGCGGCAUGGCCACCGCCGCAGUGCAGCUGCUCACACAGAUGCCCCCGCUCGUGGGAGCCAACACCCUCCCGGCCCAUGAGCUGCUGGAGCUGUUCCUGGGUCCCGGGCCCUGGCGACACCACGCCCUGCUACCUGCCACCCACCGGGGCCUACACUUCACCCCUGGCUUCUGGCUGAUGCUCUGCGAGUUCUUCGGAUUCAGGGUCACCCCUCCAGGGCGUGGCCCGUCUCCUGCCACAACUACCACUGCCCCCCCACGCCACUUCCGGUACUUGGAGCUGCACGUCGUUGGCGAUGAAGAUGUCGUCUUGCGAGAAGCCCUGCAAGACGACCUGCAACGUUACCGUCAGAGUGGCCUGCGUGACGGCCUGCAAGACACCUCGCAGGACGCGCGGGCCAACGACGUGCCCCGAGCCCUGCUCCCUGCUGCCACUGCUGACGUGCACGCAGAUGUGGACACUGCCCAUGCCACCGCCACCACGGCCCUGCCGCUUCGCCCACGCAGCCUGCUGCACCCAGAAGUCCUCAGCUUCCUCCAGCACCGCCUGCUCCACAUCCGUGGCACCGACGGCCGCCUCACCUUGCUCAGCCAAGAGCAAGUGGCCCGGGCUCUCAGCCGCUUCCUGACCAUGGCCAGCACCUGGACCCCUGCUGCCCCCCCGGAGAGCCAGCAGGAAUCGCCCGAGCCGGAGGGGGACCCCGAGGAGGACCCUGAUCUUGACUGA